CUUCCGUCUAUUUACUUGACAUCACUUACUCCCAAUUCCAAUCUUCAUUCUUCUAUUUUCAUUCAAAGUACCAACACGAACCAUUAUGUCCUAUAAGAUCGCCUACGACGCUGCCCUCGCGCCGGCACGCGGGCCGGCCAUCGUUGCUUUCAUGGAGGACUUCUACCGGACUAGUGAUACCGAGUCCUUGCACGAGAAAUAUGUGGCAAGCUUCACGGAAGAUGCCACUUUGAUUAUGGGGCCGAAGGAGGCCAAGGGUGCUGCUGAGAUUCUUCCCCUGCGCCAUGGCCUCUGGACACACGUCGCUUCGCGCAAGCACACUCCUACCCAUAUCUUUUUUGGGGGCGAGAACGAGAUCAUGCUCUACGGUGGUGUGAACUACCGACUAAAGGCUGACCCCGAGCGGGAUGUCUAUGUGCCCUGGGCUGGGCGGGUGGUAUUUGCGCUGCAGAAGGAGGGAGAAGACGUGAAGAUGCAAUUCUAUCAGGUUUAUCUGGAUCCGUCUGCGCAGUCGGGUAAGAAAUGAAUGGGCGAGGGAGCGCAUGUUUAAGCAUAUAGAUAGAUUCGAAAAGGAACGAAUGAUACUCAGUAUACCCAUGAUCCAACGUGUCGAAUGAUCUCUUCUACUGGGAGACGUGUCUCACUAGGAUAAACAUCUGUCUCUAAAAUUUACAUCGUCCAAUCCUACUCCUCUACAACCCCGAGAUGAACGGUUUUAACGUGUUUGGUCAGACAUGCUCUUUAUUUCCAGGAGACCGCGAGAGAAAACAGGAACAAAGACGCCGUAGGGGUAGGUCGGGUCAAAGAGGGAGAUCAAAAAUAUGUAAGGAAAAAGAAACUCGUCUCUCCCAAGCCGAGUCAUUGCAAACUCGGACACGAAAAGAAAACGAGCCGGAUGCCUGUGUCUCGUCCUCUCGCUCAUGCUCACGGGAAUUUUUCGCACUCCUCAUGCAAAUAAACAAAACCUUUCCGCUUUCUCUCCGCUAGCCCCGUCUGGUCAUCAAGGUAAAAAGGAAAAAGGUUGGAGAACAAACGUGAUAAAUCGCCGGGACCUAGCUCCGAAAAAAGGUUUUUAUUUUUUGUGAUCAUUCCGGACUAAAGCCAAAACGAGCCCCCCGAAAGCCAAAUUAUAGCCUUUUGAAGACACGUUUACUCCUCGUCAGACUCCUCAUCCUCGUCAACGGUGGUCUUGGCGAUACGGUCAAGAUCACGCUGGCCGGACUGGGUAAUGCGGCGGCCACCCUUCUCCUCAUCAACCUCGAGGACACCGAUCUUCUCGAGAGCCUGGAGGGCCUUGCGGUCAACGGAGCCGGAGGCAUCGACGUGGUGAGCGGGACGGGCACCACGGUUCUUGGUGGAACCGUGAACCUUGCGGAGACGGCCAACACCGACGGUCUUGCGCAUGUAGAUGUGGCGGGCGACGGCGGCAGCACGGACGUAGAACCUUU